GUGAGCAUGCGUAAAAAAGACAAGUUCUUUUAGGCACGUGGUAUUUUGGGUUCUUUCUUUCUCCUUUUAUUUGUGUAAAACCAUUAAAAAAUAAAAGUUAUAGAACCAUUCAAAACAUGCAGAAUGACGCAGGAGAGGUAGUUGACACCUACAUACCAAGAAAAUGUUCCUACACUCAGAGAAUAAUAGCAGCCAAAGACCAUGCAUCAGUUCAGAUAAACGUUGCUGAAGUUGAUCCGAACACUGGUAGAGUCACCGGUCAAAACAAGCCGUAUGCACUGUGUGGAUUUUUAAGAGGAAUGGGUGAAAGUGACGAUGCUUUGAAUCGCUUGUGUCUCAAAGAUGGAAUAUGUAAAGGGCUAGAUUAAGCGGACAGAUGUUUAUAUCUAUGAAGUGUUUAUUCAUCUGUGACUCGUUUUCAUUUCAAAAUAAAUUGUUGCAAUUUAUUAUAAUUGUAA